AGUAUUGCAAAUUAACUGAGCCAAAACCAAUCAUUCAUCGCGCGAAUCUCAAUGAGUGCGGUUUAACCUCUGACUUUCGACUAUUAUAUUUCAAUCGUUAUUUUUUUACAAUAAUUUAUUGUUUUGGAGAGGUUUGACAUCAUUUGAAUAUUGAUGAAAUAAUUAAAAAAUAAUUAUAUCAUAUUUUACGAUAUUCAAAUAUUACCAGCUGAGACUUUUAAGAUUAGUUUUAGAAUAAAGAUAAGUGAGUAGCCGAGAGUUAGUUUUUUUUGCAUGGAAUUAAAUUAUUCUUUUGCGAUGCAUAAUACAGAUACAUUUGAACAGUGUUGUAUAUAUGUGGAGAGACGUGCUGGGUGAUUUAUAACUGUAAGACCACGAGAUGCCUACUAAAGCUUAAAGAAAUGCUUCAGGGCUAAAAUAUUCAAUAAGAGGAUAUUCCAAGCCAUACAUUUUUGAAGAAAACUCCGGAGGAAUGUGCCGAGGAUUGGGUUGAAGUGGAAAGAUAAUUGGUGGAAAUUUUCAAGGAGUAUUCUGAAAGUGAAAUUUGUAAUACAUUUACUAAAAAUAUAACUGCUUAUUAUUAGCAUUACAAUAGAUGAAUGACUUAUUCGUGUUUAAUUGUUUUUCAGAAACUUAUGAUGAAUGCAAAAUGACGUUGAAAAAUGUAAAUGAAGAAGUUCAUUCACUUUUAUUGUGUUUAUAAAAACAAAUAGAGAAAAGAUUAGGAUGAUCAUCGCAGUUGCAGAUUGAUUAAAAUGCAAUUUAUAUAUCGAAUGAAGGUUUAAAUGCAAUUCCCGACGUGGUUAGUAUGAAAUGUUCUGCAUUAUUGGAAUCAACAUUUGGAAAUGUUUUUUAUGUUAUAUUGCAAAAUAAUAUUUGUGUCCGGGAACUUCGAUUUUUAUUUUGUGAAUAAUCCAGAUGGCAAUGAGUCUCCUACGGCUGGUGACAAUUUCCCUAGUGGUGUCUCUAAUAGGAUCUCAGGUUUUCCAGUUGCCUGAGAAUGGCUUAUCCGUUUUUCAGUAUCAGGGCUACCAAGGACAGUUUAUCGGUCUGGUAACAGUGCGUCAUCCCAUGGCUAACCUUCAGACACUGAUCCUUAGAUUUUCCCACCCGGAACUUGACCAUUUCAGGAAUUUUGAACGCAACUUUUCUAUGCUGGACGAUGUUAGGACGAACCUUGAAAAUCUUCGCCAGGGCUUGCCGAUUCGAUACCGAGUGGAUUUUCCGAUUCCCAGAAGACCUCCUAAAAUAACAAGCAUGAAUUUAAAUGGCAAAGAACUUUGCGGUGGCACAGAAUAUCCCGUGCCGAAUACAGCUCUAACUUAUAACAACACUUGGAAACCCUUCUUCGUAUUGGUUAACAGAGACAAUACCCAACCCAUUCCAUCAAACACCGAACAAACUUGGCGACAGGUCACUCAGACUGUACCCAACGAUUAUAGGGAGUUGAGACCCAAUCCUGACAAUGACGAGACAGCUAAAAGACUUAAUGAGCCAUGGCCACAAUUUCCGAAACCAGAAGGGGGUUCUGACUCUCAACAGACAAUCAUGAAACCAGAAGUCCCGGAUCCCUCUUGGACCGAUCCAUCCGAAAUUAUAGGCUGUGGAAGAGUGGGGUCCAGUAUCACACCACUGAUAUUCCAAGGAAGGAAUCUGGAGCGCGGUCAACUUCCAUGGUUAGUGGCAAUCUUUGAACGGCGGGAGAACAACGGACCAGCUUUUAUCUGCGGAGGCUCUCUGAUCUCGACAACAACGGUGAUAUCGGCAGCCCACUGUUUCAGAUCUCCGGGACGGGAUGUGCCCGCCGCUCGAUUGGGCGUUUCCUUGGGUCGGAAUAGCUUGGCCAUUCAAUCCGAUGGAGAAUACCGCGGAGUGUCCCAAUUGGUCAUCCAUGAAAACUACCAGAUCAAGCAGUUCACGGAGGCGGAUUUGGCGCUUGUCAGAUUAGAUGAACCCGUCAGGUAUAAUGACUACAUAUCACCAAUUUGCUUGUGGGGUACUAUGAAUCGCCUAGAUCUGCCGCAAGGGCUGAAGAGCUAUGUCGCUGGAUGGGGACCCGAUGAGACAGGAACCGGCACUUCAGAUGUGUCUAAGAUCACCGACUUGAACAUCGUUAUCGAAUCGAACUGCAUCGAGGAGCUGCCCCAUGUGCUGGUGCAGCCGAGCACCUUGUGCGCCAAGAAGACUGCAGCAGGACCUUGUGCCAGCGAUGGAGGUGGACCAUUAAUGCUGCGGGAGCAGGGCGUUUGGGUGCUGCGAGGAGUGAUCUCCGGUGGUGCAAUCAACGAAAAGGAGAGAACCUGCGAACUUUCCAAGCCAUCCGUAUUCACCGAUGUGGCGAAACACAUCGACUGGGUGCGUCGGAAUAUGUGGAACUAACAGAAACCUACAAAAGGUUGUCAUAGCUGGAGACAUAAUCAAAUUGUCUGUUAAGAUCCUCAUGAAGCUUACUGAUA